AUGCUGCAGCAGCUGCUGCUGCUGUUGCUGCUGCUGCGCGCAGCUCAGUGCCUCGGCGGGCUUGUGCUUCACACAGCUCCCCAGAACGCCAUUUGCUGCAGCUACAGUAGCAACGGAAGCAGCAGCAGCUGUGGCUGCAGCAGCCACAGCAGCAGCAGCCACGGCGGCGCAAGACAAGACAGCAGCAGGUGCAGCGGGAGCUGGUGUAGCAGCAGCAGCAAAGAAACAAAUAAUUUGCUGCGGCUCCCGAGAGCAGCAGCAUUUGCAGCUGCCGCUCCACGCUUCGGCAGCAGCAGCAGCAGCAGCAGGCCCCCUCUCUCACCCGCAGCAACCCAACAGCCAUACUUCUUCACACCACAGGAGGAGCAGCAGCAGCGGGCGCCUGAGCAGCAGCAGCAGCGAGAGCAGCAGCUACAGCAGCAGCAACGAGACCAGCAGCAGCAGGAGCGAGACCGUUUAGCGUCCUGGGGUCGCUCCAGUUUAUACAGCAGCAGCAGCAACAGCGGCGCGCUGCAGCUGCUGCUGGUUCCUCCUGUGCGACUUGCUGCUGCUGCUGCUGGUAGGGGCAGCAGCAGCAGCGAGGUGUCUGCGGAGGCGGCAGCAGCAGCAGCAGCGAGGUGUCUGUACACCCGAACCCUCGUGGGCAUCUUCGGCCGCCUAGCAGAAAAAGCAGCACAUCAAAGUUGGGGUCUUGCUGCUUCUCACCAUUUCGGCGUGCGAGCUGUUGCUGCUGCUGCUGCUGCAGGGAGGCCUGCAGCAGCAGCAGCAGCAGCAGCACCGCGGAGAGCAGCGGCAAAGGGGGGAGACAAGAAGGUUAGAACACCCUGGUACGCGCUGCUGCUGCUGAAGGUGGCGCUUCUGCAGCGCCAGAGGAAGCAGCGCAAGCGCAGGAAGCAGCAGCAGCAACAGCAGCAAGAGCAGCAGCAGCAGCAGCUGCUGCUGGAGGACCAUCUGGACUUCUCGCAGAUACCCCCUUGGCUGCUGCGGGCUGCUGCUGCAGUGCUGAGCAGAAACAGCAGCUGCUGCUCCUCCCCAGUUGCGCUGCUGCAGCUGCUGCAUGCACUGUGCAGCCUGGAGGCGGCCCCGACGGAGCAGCAGCUGCAGCAGCUGCUGCAGCAGCAGCAGCAGCGGGUCUGGCAGCAGCUGGCGGAGGCAGCAAAGGAUCGGCGCUCGGCUCGCCGCAACGAGUGGCUGCUGCAGCAGCAGCUGCAGCAAGCUCGAGUGUACAGACAGGAGUGGCUGCUGCUGCUGCCGCUACUGCCAUUUUGCUGCCCCUUUGAAGUAAUGGAGUGUCUGCUUACUGCUUCCGAGAGGCAUGCAUUUGUUUCUGUAUCUGGUGGCACAGCAGCAGCAGCAGCAGCUGCUGCUGCUGCUGCUGCUUUGGCUGGCAGCGACGCAGCAGCAGCAGCUGCAGCUACUGCUGCCAGGGGCAACCCCACAGUUAUGCGCCGAGCUGUACAGACACUCGGGAAGUCUGGUGCUGCUGCUGCGCUUGCUGCCGCUGCUGUUGACGGGCUGUUGCUGCUGCGGCGGAGAGAAACAGCAGCAGCAGCAGCAGCAACUGCAGCAGAGGAGACCGAUGUCGUGUGCCUGCCAAAGAUCAGUACUGCUGCGUUGCAGCAGCAGCAGCAGCAGCAGCAGCAGCCGCGACCGCGCAUUUCUCUGCCGCUGCUGCACCUGCACCAGCAGCUGCGCGCCAGGCAGCAGCUGCUGCUGCAGCUAGACGAAGCUAGCGGCAGCAGCAGCAGCAGCAGCAGUGUCGGCUACUUCGCAGCAACCUUGCAUGAGCCAGAGACCACAGCUGCACCACAACCAGCAGCAGCAGGAGCAGGUGCUGCUGCUGCGGCAGCAGCAGACGCUGCCGCAGCGGCAGCAGCAGGUGCUGCCCCAGCGGCAGCAGCAGGUGCUGCUGCUGCAGCACCACGGCAAGAGGAUUGGCAAAGCCUUUGGCUGCAGCAGCUCAACGCAACAUUUGAGAAAGAACUCGUUGUGGAGGCAGCACCUGCUGCUGCUGCUGCUGCUUUCGGUGCAUUUGCUGCAGACCCAUCGGCAGCAGCAGACAUCAGCAGCUGCAUGUGCCCUGCAGUUGCUGCAGCUUUCAAUGACUUCUUUGACUGGCUGGCGCAGCAGCAGCAACAGCCGCAGCGGCGGCCGCUACGGCGGCAGGUGCAGCAGCAGCAGCAGCAGCAGCAGCAGCAGCAGCAGCAGCAGCACCAAGGCGACAGCAGCUACGUGUGCUACAGCAGCAUCAGGGAGAGGCUUCUCCAGGCUGCUGACGGAGAGCCGGACGAAACUCUCUUUCUAGAAGAUGCUAUACGCUGUCUGCAGCAGCAGCAGCAGCAGCAAUAG